GUUGCCCGCCGCCCGUCCAGAUGUCUCGACCUAAACCCGCGUCGGUGGUGCUAUCGCUGCUGUUGGUGGUGCUGCUGAUGCUCGUCCACCACCACCGCACAGACGCCCGAUUCGUGGCCUCCGGUGCUCCUCUGAUUCCCAGUAUUUGCAAGAAACCGCCGCCACGAUCCGAGGGAGUUUGUGCCACCGAAAUCGAGGGAUACUAUUACGAACCGAGUGAUCUGGAUUGCAAGAUCUAUAGGAUCGGCGCGUGUCAUGUAAAGAGGGGCCAGAGCUUUGGAAGCCUGCAGGACUGCAUUUCCACCUGUAUCCACGGGCGUAGUCGAAAUCAUGACUAUUAUGUGAACGCAUAACAUAAAUAAAUAUGUAAAAUACGUAAACAAAUGUUCGUACGAAUGAA